UAUUUUGCUCAAUUGCUGUCCUCCGUUUGGGUCUUUUCGUCAUUCGGGGGGCGUCCAUCUCCCUCUCUCCACUCUUUCUCCUCUGAUUUCUCCGACUCAAUAAACUUCCACUCUGUCUCCAUCUCUUCAUCUUGCAUAUUCAGAUCGACCCUAAAAGUUUGGGAUUACGGACCGGUGGAGUAGAGAACUAUUUAAGCGAAGAUGUUUGGUUCAUCUAACCCUUUUGGGCAAUCAUCAAGUAGCCCAUUUGCAUCCCAGUCUGUGUUUGGGCAGACCAAUAAUGCAAGUACCAAUCCAUUUGCACCUAAACCUUCCUUUGGUAGUCCAACCCCUUUUGGCUCCCAAACAGGGGGUUCAAUAUUUGGGGGCACGUCUACUGGAGUGUUUGGUGCAGCGCAAUCUUCUUCUCCCUUUCCCUCAACAACGGCCUUUGGUGCCUCAUCAUCUCCGGCUUUUGGAAGUUCCAUGCCUGCUUUCGGAUCUUCUUCUACUCCUGCCUUUGGCAGUUCAUCAUCAUCUUUUGGUGGAUCUUCUGUUUUUGGACAGAAGCCUGCAUUUGGCUUUGGGUCUACUCCCACUCAAUCAAGUCCUUUUGGAAGCACAGCGCAGCAAUCACAGCCUGCUUUUGGUAGUGGUAUAUUUGGUUCCUCCACGCCUUUUGGUUCAACUCAGUCUGCAUUUGGUUCCAGUACUCCUGCCUUUGGUGCAACGAGCACCCCUGCCUUUGGAGCAACGAGCACCCCUGCCUUCGGUGCAACGAGCACCCCUGCCUUCGGUGCCACAAGCACCCCUGCCUUCGGUAUUUCAAGCACCCCUGCCUUCGGUUCAACUGGAAGUCCAGCAUUUGGGAGCACUGGAACUGCCUUUGGUGUAUCGAAUGCCCCGGUCUUUGGAUCAGGAGGCACAUUUGGAGCAUCAAGCACUCCUGCUUUUGGCACUUCCAGUACUCCUGCUUUUGGUGCUUCAAGCACUCCUGCUUUUGGAGCAUCUUCUACUCCUUCCUUCAGCUUUGGGUCCAGCCCAGCCUUUGGUCAAUCAACAUCAGCAUUUGGUAGCAGUCCUUUUGGAACUGCUGCAUUUGGAGCCCAGAGUUCUCCUUUCGGAGCCCAAUCUUCUGCACCGGCAUUUGGAAGCACCAGCUUUGGCCAGUCACCUUUUGGGGGUCAACGUGGGGGAAGUAGGGUAGCGCCUUACACACCUACAACUGAAGCAGAUAGUGGGAGUGGUACACAGCCAGCUGCAAAGUUGGAGUCAAUAUCAGCGAUGCCUGUAUACAAAGAUAAAAGUCAUGAGGAGCUGCGAUGGGAGGACUAUCAAUUGGGAGAUAAAGGUGGACCGCAGCCAGCUGCUCAGCCUUCUGGAGGGAUUGGCUUUGGUGUGUCAACUGCACCAACAAGUCCUUUUGGCUCUUCUUCAACAUUUGGUCAAACAUCUGCAAAUCCUUUUUCCGGCACGAGUAACAAUCCAUUUAGUAUAAAACCUCCAUCCUUUAAUAGUACAGGUUUUACAACCUCAACUACCACAUCAAAUCCUUUUCAAUCCACAUCAUCGAGCCUUUUUGGCCCAACUUCGUCAACAACACCUUCAAUAUUUAGUUCUUCUUCGACUCCUGCGUUUGGAACUGGUUCAUCUCUUUUUAGUUCAUCCAUCACUCCUUCAUUUUCAACUUCACCAUCCAUUUUUGGUACUGGUGCAGCUCCCACAACAACUCCAGCCUUUGCUACUGGUUUGAAUUUUAGCAGCAGUCAGACAUCCCCUCUGUUCAAUUCUACCCCAGCAAUUGGACAAACUGGCAAUGCUUUUGGGCAGGUCACCUCUACCUUUGGACAGAAUAGUAGUAACUUUGGUCCAACAAACAUUUUCAAUACACCUUCCACUGGGUUUAGUGGGAAUUUGUUUUCAAGCUCUCUGUCGCUGGCUUCUUCUAGCAACCCAGCUGCUUUUGGCCCAACUACACCCUCUUUUGCUUCACCUUUUCAGCCAGCUCCGCCUGCUCAGACUAGUGGUGCUUUCAGCUUUAGCAAUUUUGGUCAGACGCAACCAGGUGCUGGAUCAGGCAUUUUUGGUCAGAGUAAUAUUGGCCAAUCGCCUGCUACACAGAGUGCUGCUGUAGUGCAACCCGUGACUAUUACAAACCCAUAUGGAACACUCCCUGCUAUGCCUCAAAUGUCAAUUGGUCGGGCUGGGACUGCACCAUCUGUUCAAUAUGGGAUUUCUAGCAUGCCUGUUGUGGACAAACCUGCUCCUAUUAGAAUAUCACCCUUAUUGACUUCUCGAUACCUUUCACAAAGGCGGAUUAGGUUGCCUGCAAGGAAAUAUCGUCCUAAUAAUGAUAGUCCAAAGGUUCCAUUUUUCAGUGAUGAUGAAGAGACACCCAGCACACCUAAGGCUGAUGCUGUUUUUAUUCCUAGGGAAAAUCCAAGAGCUCUGGUCAUUCGUCCCACAGAAAAUUGGUCUUCAAGAGCUUCUGCAGAGAAGGCAUCACCAUUGAAGGAUGCAUCCACUCCAGUGCAUGAGAAUGGCAAAAUAUCUGAUGACGGCUUCAAUGCUGAGGAUAAAGAUAAAAAUCCAGCUGAAAAUGGCAUUGCGAAGGAGCGAAUUCAUCCUGUCAGAGGUAACCAGAAAGCUAAUGGAGUCCAUGAUGAUCAUUCUGUUCAGAAAGAGGACUCAUACAUGACGCUCAGUGGCCACAGAGCUGGUGAGGCUGCUAUUGUGUAUGAGCAUGGGGCUGACAUUGAGGCUCUAAUGCCAAAGCUCAGGCGGUCUGAUUACUAUACAGAACCUCGAAUCCAAGAACUCGCAGCAAAGGAAAGGGCUGAACCAGGGUAUUGUCGCCGUGUUAAGGACUUUGUGGUUGGACGGCAUGGUUAUGGAAGCAUCAAGUUCCUGGGUGAGACAGAUGUGAGACGUCUUGAUCUGGAGUCCCUUGUGCAGUUCAACAACCGUGAGGUGAUUGUUUACAUGGAUGACAGCAAGAAACCUCCUAUUGGACAAGGUCUUAAUAAGCCGGCAGAGGUAACACUUCUCAACAUCAAAUGUUUUGAUAAAAAGACUGGACGCCAGUAUACGGAAGGGCCAAAAGUCGAGAAAUACAAGGAAAUGCUUAAGAGGAAGGCCGAGGACCAAGGAGCAGAGUUUCUGUCCUAUGAUCCCAUCAAAGGAGAAUGGAAGUUCAGGGUCAAUCACUUCAGCGCGUACAAGCUGGAAGACAAAGAGGAAGAUUACUCAGAAACGUGUGCUGUUUCAGAUUGCUGAUAAGAUGAUGGGGACACUGUUUGCUUCAUGCCAAGUGUUGAAGGAAGACUUUUGUUCCAGGCCCUAGUGUUUUGUCCCCAUGAAGGGUUGAUUUGAAUUGUACAGGAACUGCCAAAUUGUGGUAAUAUUGUUUUUGACUUUCAGUUGUGGCAUCAGAGUAACACAUGAAAUCUUGUGUUUCGUGGAUUCUUUGUUUUAUUUCUUGCUGAGUAUGGUUUUCUUUUUGGUUUUGGUUGUUUUUGCUUUGUUAGGGUUUUAAUUCCUUCGACCUGUUGCUUCAGAGUUGGCGUAUCAAUGUAAUGGGAAAGUGUUGGCCAAGAGAAAGGUCGGAUAUUAGUGUUUUAAUAUGAAAAUGUUUCUUCGCUUUCGAUUUUGAAA